UUCGAGUCUAAAUUCGUCUACUUCUUGUAUUCUUUUAAAAGCAAUCACAUAUGGAGCACGAUGGUUAUAUAGCAAUUCGCAUGAUGAUUAUUUCAAUAUGCACAAGACGUGCUACACUAUUUGCGGGUCUACUGGUGUGUUUUAUUUCGCUGGUCGCGUUUACAGUGGACAUCAAUAGCUUGAGUGAGCAGCUGUUAGAUAGCAAGCUGCGAGGGACUUUUCUCUCGAAUAUCGAUACGGCGUUGGAUUGCUCAAAAAGCCAUGCGUGCUCCAUCAUGGAUAGUAUAAACCCGGAUCUCUUAGUGGUAUCAGUCUGCACUGGUAAUACCACACAAAGGUACGGCGGGCUCACCACCUCGUCCCUGAAUCUUAUGGCACACUCGCAUCAUUUCAAAACAGUGGUGCUACGUGAGACACCGGCGUCGCCGAGGCACGCGCGCUGGAGUAAAGUAGAAAUAGCUGAACGCUUAAUUAAUAGUAUACCAGCGUCACAAGCUGAAAUUAUAAUGGUACUAGAUUGCGAUGCUAUGUUCGCCACUUUAGAUAUCAAUCCUAGGGAGCGAGUCGCAUCGUUAUUGGAGGGAAAGACCUUCUUAGCCGCAAACCACCAGCACGAACACAAUGCAGAAUGUGCGCGCGCAGACGACAAGUUUGUUAUAGAUCAAUUGAUUGCGUAUGACCAAAACGUCAGUGCAAUUCAAAACUGUGUGCCAAACUCCGGUUCUUGGGCCGUACGCAACAAUGCGAAAGGGGCCGAGCUGAUCCAUGAAUGGCUGAAGUCAUAUGACUUGGGUGAUAAGGAAAAAGGGCAAUUCUGGAUGCGGAAAGAAACAAAUCUCUUCUUGUUUGAUCAAGGAGGAUUUAUCAAACAUAUAUGGAAGCGGUACUAUAAGGAGAUACAGCUUGUAUCUGGAUUCGAAUUCAACAGGCGCGUUAAUUUCAUUUCCAGAAAAAUAGCUAACUCAAGUUCCAAUAAUCCUCUAUUCAAGGAGUCGUUUAUAGUGCACGGCGUUGGACACGGAGAUAAGUUUAAAUUUCUAGUGCCCUAUUACAAAGAUCUGGUACUACAAUCUACUGGCGAUUUGAGGUGAGCUCUAUACCAGUUAAAACUAAUUAUUAGUGUGCCGUGGGGGAUCUCCAGCGGUGUCUAAGCCGUGCAACAGUGUACCGAUUUAACUUUAUUUACAAGAAUUCUAACAUCGGUUGAUUCAAAAGUUCCGUGAGUCCACCAACGACGAAGUCAGCCAUCUGCACGGCUUGUUAACGAAAAUAAUGUUCAUAUAUCUUGACGCCAUAUCGCCAAUCGUAAGCUUCAAAUCCUGGUGUCCUGGAAAGCACUCCAUAUUAUUAGUAGUGAGAGAGAAAAAGUAUACCAAUAAAAAGUAGG